AUGGUUGAUUCUUUCUUUAAAAGAUGUUGUAGUAGAAUGAAACUAUUUAUUUUCAUUUUUUUGCCACUUUUUUAUACGCUUACAAAAGGAAGCAUUAUUGAUAGAUUGCCGCAUUGUUCUAAAUCACAAAUUAUGGAAGGUGAAAUUAAAGAAACUAAUGAAGUGGGAAAUAAUAUUAGUGUUUUUAGUGUUUCACAACUUCAGAUGUCUUUAAAUGAUACAGUUUGUUUAUUAGUAUCAAAUAAUAAUGAAACAAAUAUUUUAUAUACAUUACAAUAUUUAAGAUUAGAACAACAUUAUCCUAUUAUAGGAUCAUAUAAUUUUGGUAUACCAUUAGUUUCUACAAAUUGUAUAUGUGAUUGCCCUGGUGGUGAUAAAGUUUGCUCAAUAUCCACAUAUAAUUAUAAAAAUUGUAGUAAUAUGGGUGAUAAUAAAAAUAUUUGUUAUAGAACAUAUUAUGAUUCUCAAUCAAAUACAGGAUGUUUUGGAUCUCAAAAAAGUGAAGUUUGUUGUGAAAUUUCUUUUGAACCAUAUAAAAAUUUAGUUUAUAAAACUAUAAAAGUAAAACAACCAGAUACAAUUUUAGUAUUUCAAUAUAAAAUUUUUGAAAGAAUCCACCAAAGAUGGAGACUUUAUGAUGAAGAUAUUUUUGAAAUACCAUUAAAUAAGGGUGAGGCAAAAUUUGAAUUAAUGGGAUAUAAUAAAAUACAACUAUCAGUAUCAGGGGGUAAACCACACAGACAACUAGAACCUGGAAUGUAUUUUUGGCAAGAGGGUGAAAGUGAUAAAUUAAUUCGUGGAAAUGUACCAAUAAAUGAUAUUCAAGAAACAUCACUUGACAAAUUAGGUUGGAUGCGUCAAGAAAAUAAUGGAUUUUGGAGUAUACGAAAAGGUCAAAUAAAAAUUAAAAAUGCUCAUCAUGUUGAUAUUGAAAAUUGUAAACUUCAAAAGUACAAAUCAAUGUUAAAUGCAGAACAAUUUAUAAUUGAUACUUCUAAUAAUAACGAAAAAAACAUUUCAUUAGGAAAUAUUUUAACAGAAGAACCAUGGGUAAAAAGUAUAAAUGUAGAAGAUGGAAGAGUAAUGAAAGUAAUACAUUCAGAAGGAAUAAGUAUAUUUGGAACUGUCAAAACACAAUUUAAACCAUUGAUGUUAACACAUUCUAGUCAAUUUUCAUCUUUUAAUGGAACAAUUCAAUUAGAUAAAGAAAGUAAUAGAUUUUUAAAUAUAACAUUUUAUGAAGCAAAAGGAACAGUGAUUGGUAUGGUAUAUUCAUCAGAGGAUAAAACAAAUAUAGAUAUUGUCUUUAGUGUUUUGAUAGAUGGAACUUCAACAAGGGAAUUCAAUUGUAUUAUAACAGUACCAGGAAGCGUUAACUCAACAAGAUAUGUCUGUUUUCAUCCAGCUGGAGAUGUUAGAGGACAACAAUGUUCAUGGUUACCAUAUAAAUCAGUACCACUUCCUGUAUAUACAGUGUCACAUCGUUGGGUAUCAAAAGUUGGAGAGUGUGAUAGGUGUAAUGAAAGAGGUCUUGAAAAUUUAUUUGUUCAAAUGGAUCCUAGAAAAUGGUUUGAUGGAAUUAAUACAACUACAGAACUUUUAAUGUUUAUUUUUGAAAUAUCAAUUGGUAUUUUAAUUGUUCUUAUUAUUAUAACUAUGUGUACAAAAUGUAUAAUUCCUUUAUUUAGAUGUGGUAUUUGUAUCACAAAAAUACCUAAAAAAAGACAUAUUUGUAAAAUGUUAAGAAUAAAUGAAGAAGAAGAUCAUUGUGAUACAUGUUUACUUCAUAAUCGACCACCAAUUACUAUAAAAAAACAUCAUCAUCAUCAUCAUAAUCAACAUCGUAAAAUUUCAAAUAGUUUUAGAAAUAAUAAUGAUCCUGAUGAUGAGGCACAAUUUUUUAUGACAAAAUUUAGUCAAGGAGAUAUGAUAUUAUUUAAUAUUACUAGAGCUAUCCUUGCCCGAAGUUUAUUUAUUAUACAUUCAAUUUUAACAAUUUGGCAAACUGUCAAAAUUCGGGGUGAAUCUUCUAUUUGGACAUUUGCAUUAAUUUCUAUAAGUAUAGUUAUUGAAGGAUCACAUACUAUUAUAAUGCGUGUUGGAGAUGAAAGAAAAUGGUUUUCACCAUCAAUUGCAUUAUAUAUAGCAUCUACAGCACCACCAAUAUGGUUAAUGGAAACUAAAAUGUGUGAAUGGAGAAAAGAUGAUGAAUUAAGAAAAGAAGAUGGUUUAUAUUUUCAAUUGAUAGAACAAUUAUUACUAGUGGUACUUAUAAUAGGGCGUUGGAUGUUACCCAAGGGUGAGAUAAGUAGAGAACAAUUAUCACAAAUAUUAUUGGCAUAUCUGGCCAUCUCAUCAGAUAUUGUGGAAUUUUUUGAUGUAUUUAAAGAAAAAGUAGUUUAUACAAAUUAUACAGUCCAACUUUUAGUACUUGGAGCAUGGACAUUAUCAUUAUUACAAUUUCCAUUUAUUUUAACAAAUACUAGAGCAAGAAAAAUGAGAGUUGCAAUAACAGUAACAGAAUAUGAUGAAUCAACAAUAAAUUUUAAUAAUAACAAUAAAUUAAAUGUUAUCUAUGAUAUAGAUAUAUGGGCUAUUGUAUUAGCUAAUGGUCUUCAAGAUAUACCAUUUCUUUGUGUACGACUUUUUCUUAUUUUUCAAUAUAGACUUGUAACAUAUACAAUGAUGUUUUUUAUUUGUAAAAAUGCUUUAAUUAUUGCCCUUCAAACAUAUAGAGGAUUUGUUUUAUUUAAUGAUAGAUAUCUUGGAAAUAAACAACAACAACAAUCACCAUUACAAAGAUCCUCAAGAAUAGAAAUGAAAGGAAUACCAAUACCUCAUCAACAACAACAACAACAACCUCAUCAUUUAAAUAGUAGUGGAGUAAAAAGAAAAAAAAGAUCUUCAAAUGGAAUUAGAAAUACAAAACCAAAAUAUUCACCUGAAGUAUAA